AUGCUCUUGAGUCCGGCUUACAUGCUCACUUUGGGUUCUACGUGCAGUAUAAUGAGCAGACAGCAUUACUCCUCCGAGCGCCUCUAUGUAGGCAACCUGCCCUAUGACGUCACAGAGCGCGAAGUAGACGACCUUUUCUACAAGUUCGGGCGAAUUCGUGACAUCGAAGUUAAAAGGAGCCGGAAGAAUGAUACAUCCUUUGCCUUCGUCGUUUUCGAUGACAAGUACUCAGUGGAUGACGCAAUCGAGCGGCGAGAUGGGAUGCGCUACGGGGAUAUGUGCCUUCGAGUUGAACGCGGUGGGGAGCGACGUGGCGGUCGUGGAGGCGGAGAUGGCGGAUCGUACGGACCUCCAAGACGGUCGGCAUUCCGAGUUCGCGUUCAUGGCCUUCCUCCAACUGCAAGCUGGCAGGACUUGAAGGAUCAUAUGCGAAAGGCUGGAGAUGUUGGCUUUGCAAGCGUGGAGAACAGGGUAGGUAUUGUGGAGUAUCCUACUAGGGAGGAAAUGGAGUACGCGAUCAAGCGCUUGGACCGGAGCGAAUUCUGCAACAUUUUCCACCGUGCACAGAUCCGCGUAGAGCGCGACUACGGGUCCGCUGGGGAAGAGGAGUACGAGCGUGGUGGUCGGAGGAGUAGGAGUUACUCCGAGAGGAGGAACCGAUCGCGGUCUCCAAGACGCGAGGCAUCGCAUGCAGACCAUGAAUCAUCGUCGAGACGCCAACGGGAUUGUCCAGGCUCUCGAGAAGCUUCUCGCGUGAAUGCUCAUUCCGACGUAGAGCAGUGUCCGUCAGUGCGUAGCGACAAGCUUGCAGACAUUGGUGGGAGUUGGAACAGAGCGAAUUCCUGCUUCGAAGAGCUGCUGAGCGUGCACUCACUUUCUGCCACGUGGUGGCCAGAUGGGGGUUGGUGGCACGGCCAGCGGCAUGCCUGCAAAGAGACGGCUCCGCGGCCUACACAGGCGUGCGCUUUUGGACUUAGCAACGGGGUUGUUGUUAUGACAAGACGAGUUCGAAUGCCCAAGGUGGCUGCCCGCCACGGGCUGCGAUGA